AUGGGCCCGGAACAGCAAAAGGAUUCAAGGAUUUACCGGGAGCCGUCUCAAGAAGGCCCCAAUGGCGCAGGCACAAAGGAGAUCGCCGAAGAGGGAGAAGCAUUUAUACACCACGAAGACGAAGCAGAGGCGCCAAACAAAGGAAAAAGGGGUCCUGAACAGCGAGGCCUCACCUUGGGUUCGCCUGGCACUGGCAGCUGCAACCAACGGCCGGAGCAGAGCGAGAAGAAGGCGCGCGUCUCCUAUUAG